CGAAUACCAUUAAUGUGGAAAGGCUCUGACCACUUCAGCAACAGAGAAAAAUCGCAGCGCUACGCAGUUUUUUGUUUGUUGAGAAUGGGAGCUGAGGUCUUUGAUACUGAGCUGACUAUUGUGGACAAAGCAAUAACAGAUAUCUGUUUUGAAAAUGUAACUAUAUUUGAUGAAGCAAGACCAGAUUUCCAGGUGAAGGUUGAAGUGUACAGUUGCUGUACAGAGGAGCCUUUAUAUAUAACAAACACUCCUAAGAAACUAGCAAAGAAGCUGAAAACAUCCCUCAGCAAAGCUACAGGGAAGAAACUCAAAGCUGCACUGGAAGAAGACAGCACCGAAUCCCUUUUGCCCCCUGACCCAGUCAUCCAUGGAGCAAAGUACAGUUUGCUAGCACAUACCACUUUGGGGCUGGAGAGUGCUGAGGACAAUUUCAGGACCCAUAACCUUACCAUUGCAGGAAAUGAGGAAUCCUCUUUUUGGCUCCCCCUGUAUGGAAAUAUGUGCUGCCGUUUAGUGGCUCAACCCUCUUGCAUGGCCAGGGAUGUGAUGGCAGGAUUUUUAAAUCAGCAGCAAAUGGUUGGAGGCUUAACCAGCUGGAGGAGGCUGUAUUGCAUACUGAGAGGUGGCAAGCUCUUUUGUUACUACUCACCAGAAGAAAUUGAGGCUAAACUGGAGCCAGCAUUGAUAGUUUCCAUCAACAAGGAAACCAGGAUACGAGCUGUGGAGAAGGACUCCAAGAGAAGAACUAAUAACUUCUCUGUUAUCAAUCCUAUGUCUGGAGAGGCUGUGACGCAAGUUUUUGCUACUGACAGUAGGGAUGAACUUCAUCAGUGGAUGGAGGCUUUCUGGCAGCACUUCUAUGAUCUGAGCCAGUGGAAACAUUGUUGUGAGGUACUUAUGAAAAUUGAGAUUAUGUCACCACGGAAACCACCUUUGUUCUUGACAAAGGAAGCGACCUCCGUCUAUCAUGAUAUAAGCAUUGAUUCUCCAGUGAAAUACGAGGGCUUAGCUGAUAUCAUACAAAGGAAAAUUGAAGAGAGUGACGGUGAGUUCCUUCUUGGCCAGCAAAAAGAGUCUGCAUCUGCCCUAUGGGCUUCACUCUUUGAUGGAUCUCAUGAGAUGACUGUUCAGAAAAAUACACAUCUGGGCCCAAGAGAUACUACAAGUCCUAAUGAUAGCAGAGGGAAGAAAAGAAGAGCUCCACCUCCACCCGCCGAUAAGUCACCGUACAGUGCAAAAGCAUCGGUGAACACAGAGCAACUGGACAAGGAAAACCAGAGGAAGCCUGACCACACACCUGCUGGCAGUUCUUCCUUUGAGUCGGUGUUAGCUACAAAAAUGCAGCAGCUGCAGGCACCCAUGGCUGCUCCUCGCAGCAUCGCUUCAUGCAGAAAAAGCAGUUUUGCUGGCCAGGAGAAUCCCAUUUCUCUACUUAGCAAUACCAAGUCUGAAACCAAACCAGUACCAACCCCUAGACAGAAAGGUAUCACAGAAAUGCUAGACCCUAGGUCUUGGUUGCAGCCAUAA